ACACAAUUUGGCUUGCAAUUGAGUGAGUAGAUCUGCAGUUGCUUCCAAUUUGCUUUGCCUAAUUAUUUCGAUUAUCAGCGUUCACUUUCUUCAAUUUCUUCCAUUGAACUUGCAGGAAAGAUUGGUCAAUCUCAUUGUUUACAAAGGAAUAGGCUUGCAAUUAAGCAAAUGUACUGGUGCUUGUAAUUACUUGGUUUAGUUUGGUCAUCAUCCUUAAUUUCUUCAAUUUUAUUUGUUAAACGGCAAUGCAAGGAACACUCGCCAUUUGCACUCUCCAACCAACACUUCCAUUUUCAUUGGGCCACGCUAUGUUCGUUGGGAGAGGUAAUCAUUUCAUAACUGAAGCAAGCUUACGUGGCCCAAUUAAAAAGCAUGUGUUGGCUGGAGAGUGGAGGAGGCGAGUGCCUCUGGUACUGCUCUUGUUGAUUUCUCCUGCAGUUCCUAAGCAUCUUCUAGGAAAUACAUCCUGCAAUUGCCUAGCUACUGCCUAUUUAAGUUGCUUCCUCUCCUUAGUUGGCUCAUCAGCUCCUCGCAUCAGAAAUUGAACCUGCUGCCACUUCUAAUAAUUUGCUUUGCUCUACCCAAAUUGGUUAUCACUGUCCAACUUUACCUAUUUCUUCUGCUUCAUGUAAGUAAACUACUAUGUAUCCAUAUCAUCAAGAUUCUGUUUAUAUGUAUCUCAGUAUUUCUUAUUAAAUAUUCAUGACCAUA